AGAUGGAGUAUAAUUCAAAAAGAAACAAGAAAAUAACUGGUAGUUCAAGAUCAAAGAGCCAUUCGAAUCAUCCCAAAUCUGCUGAAGAAGGAAAAGGAGAAUAUGCAACUAUAUCUGCAAACUCUUCUUCUGGUCAGAAUGCUGCCCUACAAAGAUUGCAUCUGCUUCAGAGACAAGGAAGGAAAGAAUGGAAAGGGAUCCGAUCAGAAUGUGUUGGUCGACCUGGAACAUGUACUCUUUUAAAUCGGCAAAGAUUCUUUCCCCAAACUGAUCUUCAGAAAGAAAAUGAUAGACAAAAUAAAAUGCUCCAUUGGGUUUUUAAGAAACUUCAAGAGCUUGAUUUUAAUAGAAAGAAAAAUGAUGGAGCAAGAAAUAGAACAAUGAGUCCAAUAUCUAAGACAAACUCAAGUAUGACUACUGCGGGAGCAAAUUCCACUGCAACAAGAUUUGGGAAAGCAGAUGGAAUUGUGUUUGGAUCAACUAAGCAGCCUAAAAUACCCUCUGUAAAGCCUUAUCAAGAGUUUGUAACUUUCAAACCUAUAAAAGAACACCAAGUAGUGAGUGGUCCACUGUCGUCUUAUUUAUUCUCAAGAGGAUUCUGCACUGAUUAUACAGAGCUUUCAUAUAAACUUUUAAAAUGUGAAUCAAGAUUAAUGAGAUCAACACUUGAAUCUCUUGGGUUCAAUUAUACUGAGUCGCAUGACUGGAAUAUACUGUGGAUUUCUUCAUCCACAAAGCCCUAUCUUUAUGAUGGGCUGAAUGAGUAUCAAAAGAUAAACCAUUUUCCAGCAAGUUCUGAAAUUACCAGAAAGGAUAAGCUUUGAAUAAACUUACUUAAAAUUCAAGAAAAGUUUGGAAAGGAUAAUUUUCACAUAGCUCCUGAUACUUAUCUCUUACCAGAUGAAUUCGCUGAUUUCUAUGAAGAAUACCAAAAGAUGAGAAAUAGUGAGCCCAGAAAACCAUUGUGGGUUAUCAAGCCAAAUGCAUCAUCUCAGGGAAAAGGGAUCUAUUUGAUAGAUGAUGUUAAUGAAAUAAACCUGGAUGAUUCAUGUGUCAUUAGUAAAUACAUCCCUAAUCCUCUUCUGAUUAAUGGGCAUAAAUUCGACCUAAGAAUUUAUGUGUUAGUCACUUCAUGGGACCCACUCAGGGUUUAUGUUUACAAGGAAGGACUCACUAGAUUUGCUAGCGAGGAAUUCUCAACUUCAAGCAAUAAGAAAAGCAGAUUUAUCCACUUGACAAAUUAUUCCUUGAAUAAGAAGAAUGCAAAUUGGAAGACAAAUGAGGAUUCUCAAAGAGAUGAUUUUGGGUUCAAGUGGUCAAUUACAGCUUUGUGUCAACACCUCGAGCGAAUUGGUAUUGACAUGGACCUUCUCUGGUCAAAAAUAUAUGAUGUAAUCAUUAAGUCCUUCGUUUUAGGAGAAACUCCGAUUAUUAACUCUAUGAAAAGGAACUGAUCUUAUCGUACAAAUUGAUUCGAACUGUAUGGAUUUGACAUACUCAUCGACUCAGAUCUUAAGCCAUGGCUGAUAGAGAUAAACCUUUCUCCUUCUUUAUCAGCAGACUCUCCAUUAGAUUUUAAGAUAAAGACAAACUUAAUAUCAGAUACUUUGAAUUUAGUUGGACUCAUGAAGUUUGAUAGGAAAAAGGAAAAAGGAAAACAUAAAGAAGAUGAAGAGUAGAGUAAAAGGCAUUUAUAAAGGAAAAGCUGGCUACACCACAAAAACAGGAGGCUCUAACUUGAAAGG